CAGCCCCAACCAGACAUGAAACCGAAGGGGAACUUCAUCUAGCGCAGACUGCUAACUGCGUAGUCAGACACAGAGAAAAUCACUUGGCAGUGAACAUGACUACUCACUGGUUGAUGGUGAUGGUCUUGGCGGCAGCUGUGUUAGCUGAGGACGUGGACAUUUUAAGAUCCGAGACCCCGCUAUUGUGCUCCAGCCUGCACGGCACCUGUGUGGCAGACGGAACCCAUUGCUCCGUGACGCUGGAAGGCACCUUGGACUGUCCUCAUGGAAUCUGUUGUCUGGACGAUAUAGAAGUCGAAGAAACACUCGUCGCAAAUUCAGAGUGCGUCGCUCGGGAGAGGUGUUGGAGGCACGGUGGCGCGUGCAAGGCGGCAUGCGCAACGGACGAAAGGGAGAUUGCCAAGGGAUGCAGAGGCGGCAAACACUGCCACUGCUGCGUCCCUCCAGAGCCAGUGCCAUUGUGUCAUGACCAGGCAGCAUGUUUCCAUGGGAGGGGCCAGUGCCGGGAUUGGUGCCUGCACGGUGAGACGGAAGCUGAUACCGGAUGUGGACCACAUUGCAAAUGCUGCUUGUCCUUGGCCGAAGUGUGCCAAGAACAGCCACUUUGUCACCACGGACAUGGCCAAUGCCGCGAGUCCUGCUUGGUCGGCGAAACUGAAAAGGAAGGGGGUUGUGGGUUGAGCUGCAAGUGUUGCGUGGCAGUGCCCGAUGAAUGCCUGGACGUGGAGCAGUGCGUGCGUGCCGGAGGACUGGUGAAGAGCUACUGUUCCAGAGGGGAAAAAGAGAUCGCCGGGGGCUGCUCGUCUGACUUCUGUUGCUGUGCCCCGAUCGACGAGUGCCACGCUAUGGUGUCUUGCGACCAUGGCCGCGGUCGCUGCCGAUCAAGCUGCUUCAAGGGCGAGAAAGAAAGGCACGGCCUGUGCGGCGCCCACUGCAGAUGUUGUAUUGCCUCGCUCAACGAAUUCGCUGAGGUGAAACAGUGCAUGCAAGUUGGCGGCUCCAUCAAGUCAAGGUGCACUGACAUGGAGAAGGAAGUCGCGGGAGGCUGCUCAAGUGACCACUUCUGCUGCUGUGCCUUGAAGGAUGUGUGUGAAGCCAAACACUCGUGUAGUGGCGGACGAGGUUCUUGCCGAUCCAAGUGCAAGGCUCACGAGUCAGAAACAACCGACAAAUGUGGCGCGAACUGCAAGUGUUGUGUGGCUAACGUCGACGUGUGCAAACCUAGCACUGAGUGCGAGGCAGCGGGUGGUGAGUGCCAGACGCAGUGCCCCCACGGAAUGAAGGAGUUGCAAGGCGGGUGUUUCGGCAACAAGUGCAAGUGUUGUGUUGGCUUCCAUCUUGAUUCAUUGUGUGGAGGUCAGCUGGCUUGUGACGAUGGCUUGGGACACUGCAGAGAUGAGUGCAACGAAUGGGAAGAAGAGGUGCACGGAAAAUGUGGGCAGUUCUGCAAAUGUUGUGAAGCCAAGAUUGAAGUUCUUCUUGAUUUGGAGAAAUGCAGACACGAUGGAGGAUCGUUCAAGGCAUCUUGUUCAAAAUUGGAGAAGGAGGUUGGCAGAGGAUGCUCAUCACCUCAUUACUGCUGCUGCGCCCCGAUAGAUGUGUGUCAGGCUCAUCCAACUUGCAACAAAGGACGCGGCCAGUGCCGGGCUUGGUGUGAGCCGUGGGAGGAUGAGACGUUCGCUGGAUGCGGUGCCCAUUGCAAGUGUUGCGAGGCCAGGAAUGACGUACUGGAAGAUCUGGAGAGGUGUGUGCAAGAAGGGGGAGUGUUCAAGGCCGCCUGCUCUAGGGACGAGAAGGAGGUUGCCGGGGGAUGCUCUUCCUCCAAAUACUGCUGCUGUGCUCCUCUCGACGUGUGCCUCUCCCAGCCCUCGUGCGCGGGUGGCCGAGGAUUCUGCCGGUCUAAGUGCAGCAAAUGGGAAGAAGAGACCUUUGGGAGCUGUGGUGCACACUGUACAUGCUGCGUGCCGCUGACUGGAGUCAUCACCGUCAAGGAGCUGGAGUCGUGUGUGAGGAGAGGCGGUUCCUUCAAAGCCAGAUGUAGCAGGCACGAGAAGGAAGUGGCGGGAGGCUGCUCAGCUCAUAACCUGUGCUGCUGCGCCCCACUGGACGUGUGCCAAGCUCAGCCAUCGUGUGCUAAAGGCCGCGGGCGCUGCAGGAGUUGGUGCAAGGAGUGGGAAUCUGAAGAAGGGCACUGUGGAGCACACUGCAGAUGUUGUGUGGUUCAGACGGACGUGCUGAGGGAGCUUGAGGAAUGCGUGAAGGAGGGUGGUUCAUUCAAGGCCAAGUGCAAUGAGGGCGAGAAAACCGUGGCAUGGGGUUGCUCCUUGACCAGCCACUACUGCUGUUGCGCCCUUCAAGAUGUGUGCCAAGCUCAGCCGACGUGUGACAGCGGGCGUGGACAAUGCCGCAAGACGUGUCUCGCUGGAGAGACUCAGAGUAGUUCCUCCUGUGGUUUGAGCUGCCAAUGUUGCGUGCCCGACAGUGACGUGAACAUCAAUGAAAUAAAGCAUUGUCUUAAUCACGGAGGAGUGUACAAGGAGAAGUGCGGCACGGGCGAGAAGGCCAUUGGCGAGUGCACUUCUAAGCACUGCUGCUGCAUCCCAAAUGACGUAUGUGACGGCGAAGGAUCGUGUCACAGCGGCCAGGGAUACUGCCGGAAAACAUGUGCCACCUCAGAGAAAGAAGUGUACGGAGGCUGCAGCCGCAGCUGCAAGUGCUGUGUUCCUAAUGACAGUGUUCAACUGGUGGAGGACUGUCUACAAGCAGGAGGAGUCGUAAAGAGCAAGUGCAGUGCAUUUGAGAAGAUAACUGGUAAUGGCUGCUUUGCUGUCGGAUCAUGCUGCUGCGCCUCAAGAGACGUGUGUCGAUCGCUGCCAUCAUGUGACCACGGCAAAGGCUACUGCCGAGAGUGGUGCGAGACUUGGGAGGAGGAGACCUACGGAGAGUGUGGCUUCCAGUGCAAGUGCUGUGUGCCCAAGAUUAGUGUAACCGAGAUUCAAGAGUGUCUGAACGCCGGAGGUUCGAUUAAGAGGAAAUGCUCAGACACAGAAGAGAAGACUGCAGGUGGCUGCAGCUUUGCUUCCGAAUAUUGCUGCUGCAAACCCAAGGAAGUGUGUACAGCCAAGCCAAAGUGUAACAACAAAAACGGGCGAUGCAGAGACACUUGCCUUGUCCACGAGACGACGGUCACCGACACCGAGACGUGUGGCACAACCUGCCUGUGUUGUGUACCAGAGAUUGACAUUAAUGCCGUGGACCAGUGUCUCAAAGAAAAAGGAACAUUCAGAGACGAAUGUUUGGAGACGGAGAUAGAAACGGGACCAGGCUGCACGAAUGACGACAACACGAACUGCUGCUGUAUCGCCCAGGACGUGUGCACCGAGAAAGGAAGAUGUGACGAAGACUAUGGCAGAUGUCGCUCUCACUGUCUCGACACGGAGCGUGAAGUGACACCUAGCUGCGGCCACCACUGCAAAUGUUGCACAAUCCGGCCAACAACAACCACCACCACCACCACCACCACCACCACCACCACCCCGUAAUAAAGACGAUCAUGUGGGGUGGGCAUCCAAGGACAACGCAUCGGCAAGUCACACGCGAGUCCAGAUGAAGUGCAUGCUGAGAUGUCUCAACCAAAGCCACGAAAUAUCGAAAAUGCUUAAAUUGUUCGUUAAAAUUUGUAGUUAGAGUAAGUAACAGCUAAAGUAAUAUUACUGGCUAGUAUGGCGGACCUGAAAUAGAAAGAUAUCCAAAAACCUUUCUGUCUCGAAUCAAAAGGCUCAUGUGAAAAUCAUAUCUUUCUAUGGUUACAUUUUUUUACUUUUUGUUUUAUUUUCCAUUCACGACUGAUUUUACACAUUACACAUCUAUAUCGUUCACACACACACACACACACACACACACACACACACAACUCGCUCGUCAGUCAUUCGUAGGAUAGAGUGAAUCAAUAAAAGCUUUCUUCAUUUCUUGUUUCAUUAUAAUGGAGAGAACUUGCGUUUGCCAUAGUAAUCUGCCGCAGUAUUUUGUUUUCUGCUUUCAAAAUAUCUUUUCUCCUCAAAUGAUUGCUGAGGAAUAAAAAGCUAGCAUAGGAUGAUAAUAACAAUGCAUCGUUUAUAAUAGUUUAUGUCCAGAAAAGGAAAGAUUUGACAGGUGUGGAAUAAGAAAAUGUCUUUAGUGUAAACUUAUACAUGAUACCUAGUUUUACUUUGACCUCGUGGCUGUUGUUUCAUGCACAGACAAUUUAUGUUGCAUUUAUAAAUGGAAUUCUGUACAUUGUGAUGAUUUGCAAAAAGCUAUUCUAAGGAAAAUGUUGUUAUCCUCUGUUAUUGUGACUACAGCCGGCCGGUGAUACUUCAAUAAACUAUGCAGAUA